AACCGAUGAAGUUAUAAUUUGUGUACUCAUGUUUCUUUAAUUUGCCUGGGCUCAUUGUGUAAUCUUUUUUGUACUACACUUAUACUAAAUGCAAAUGGAGCCAGACAUCUGUGUUGGCAGUACAAAUGUAAACCUAAAUCAGCCCUUUGAAAGAUUUUCCCACUCAAAAACGAACUGUUUCUAAUGAUGUGAUGAACAAUCCCAUGUGUGCGAUGACACAUAUGGGAACCGGGAAAUGUCAUUUAGAUGGUUUAGUGCUUUGAAUUUAGAAAAUGCGCCUCACAUCCUGUUUGUCUGUAUUCGUCAACAACUGUGUGUGAAACGGCCAAAUGGCUCCGUGCUAUGUAUGCGUGUAUGCCCAUUGUUUACGAAAUGGUUGAUGCAACUAUAUUUGGUUAGGUCAGUUGCAGGCGACAGACAAAAUUAAACUAAACAAGUAUUUAGCCAUAUUUGGGCAGAAUAUGUAAUAGUUUGAAACAUACUGAAAGUACAGAUGAAGAGGAAAGAAGUGGAUUAUUCAGUAGGAGGGGUUUGAUACGUUUUUCUAUUAUCUCGCUUUACUGUUAAACAGAGUUAGCAUUGGAAUCCACUGGAAUUGACUAUGCAGUAAAGAUCCCUAUUUUCUGUUAUUUUGGCACUUUUUUCACCUACCUCACUUCCUGGAGCGCACUUCCUUUCCUCAUCACUGAUUGGUUUUUGCUCCCACCUGUCACCCCUAAUUACCUGAUUGAGUCCACCUGGUUACCACUCCCUUCUCACCUUCACUAAGAGGGCAGCUUGUAAGAUGAUGUUUAUGUUGCACUUCAAUUCUUAAUAACAUGUCCACGUUAUUUAAAUGACAGCUUUAUUUAUCCUUAUUUCUUGAAGAUGGACAUGUGAGAAUAUUGGCUUCCUAUUAGUUUUCUUUUAGAUUCCCCAACCCAUGUGUGUCUCUUUUUUUAAUCUUUUCAUUUGCAUCCCCAUUUUGUGGAAAUAAAUGUUUGUUAAAGUUGUCUAAAGUCUUGUGGCUCAUGCAUUCUGACCGAUGCCCUGCGAUGCUAGAACUCAACCUCCUUAACAGAUUAAGUGCCAUUCCUCGUGAGGGAGCAAGUUACAAACGUUUGAGUCUACUUUCAAGCUCAAGGGCUUGCUCGACCACCUUGGGAACUCUCCCAAAAAGAUUUGACUGAGCUGCUCACACCUCAUGUCCACACUAAGGCUUUGAGCCAAGAUCCAUCUGUUGAAUAUGUGUCUGGCCCUGCGGAGGAAGAGAUCGUUUCAGCUGCGGACACUGAAAAAAACAAGGAACAAGGUGGGAAGGACCCAGUGUGCAUCACUCGGCUACUGACAGUCAUGGCGACCAUUGUGAUGGAGAGAAUUGGGCGAGUGUUCAUCAGCCUGCAGCAGAUCAGGGAGCUUCCUCGGAUGCUGACUGAUGCUGCCCCCUCCAUGCCCGGCACCGUAAGAGACACCGAGGUUCCCUACUACUUCAGGGAGCGCUACGUCUGCACCGGCUACCGGCCACUCUACCAAAACUGGCGCUAUUACUUCCUGUCUUUAUUCCAGCGCCACAACGAGACCAUCAACAUCUGGACUCACCUGCUGGCAUUGUUGGUGAUUCUGGUUAGAUUACGGCAACUCGCCGAGACUGUGGACUUUGUUGGUGAUCCUCAUUCAUGGCCCCUGUUGAUCCUCAUCCUGUCCUCGUUGACCUACUCGGCAUUCAGUGCAGCAGCUCACCUACUGGGUGGGAAGUCUGAGCUGUGUCAUUACAUCUUCUUCUUUCUGGACUAUGUUGGGGUAGCCCAGUAUCAGUACGGCAGCGCUAUAGUUCACUUUUACUACGCUGUGGAUGAGGGCUUGCACAGACACGUGCGUGGGAUCUUCAUGCCCGCUGCCACUGUCCUCAGCUGUCUGUCGUGCCUGGGAUGCUGCUACGGCAAGUACUUCAACCACAGCUUACCGACGUGGGUGCGUAAGGUGUGCCAGGUGGUGCCCUCAGCGCUCGCCUAUAUCUGGGACAGCAGUCCUGUGGCGAGAAGACUCAUGUCAUGGUCUCCAGCCAGCAGUGACCCAGCCAUGAUCUAUCACUUUGGCCAGGUGGCUUUCUUCCUCAGCUGCAGCUUCUUCUUUACCUUCCCCCUGCUAGAGCGCUGCUUCCCCGGGCGCUGCGAUUUCGUGGGACAGAGUCAUCAGAUCUUCCAUGUACUCUUAUCUUGCUGCACCCUGUGUCAGAUCCAUGCCUCCCACCUCGACUACGUGGGCCGUAGGACGCUGUACUCGCGUCUGCAUAAGAGCGGUGAGGCUGCUCUCUUUGUGGGACUGUACGGGGUCACUUUGGUCGGAUGUGCGCUAGUUGUUGCCUUCAUGCUGAAGAAAGCUAAACAAGUGCUAGAUUUCAAAGCCAAGUCCAAAUGAUAGAUUAGAUGUUGUAGGAACUAUAUAAAAAAAACAUCUAUGUGCCUUUCCUUUUAGACUGACAGCUUUGAUAGAAAGGGAACUAAUUAUACUGUACAUGCUACUGGCUUGUAUUAUGUCAAUAGCUGUUGCAACUUGAACAUUUCAUAACUCUGGCCGUAUAACAUAGGGUUACAUAAUGAUAUUAGGAUUUAGUAUUUUGGUACUGAUUUGUAUUAUAAUUUCACAAUACUUUUCAUGUAUCAGCAGAGGCUGGUGUUUUUUAAGUAAUCAAAAUCAGAUUCUUAACAACCUGCAUAUGGAAUGCAUGCAUUCAUGCAUGGCCAUUUAUAAAAUCACACUAACUGAUAAAAAUACAUGACAUGCAGAUGAAUUUGUUAAAUUAUCCGGUUGUAGUAUGUUUUUCUUUUCAUACUACGAUACUGGGAUAUGUGGAAUAGCAUCUAAAGUGUGUGUGUGUGUG